AUGGUGAUAGCAGUUGGUUUGCCUCAUCUGCAGCAACGAUUAAUGGACUGCCCAGGUCAGCUCCAAUCUUUGUCUUUGUGUUGUGAUGGUGCAUUCAAAAAGGCUGAAGUUGCGAUUGGGGUGAUCCUCAAAGAUUUUAAUGGGACACUGGAGGAUGGUAUAGCUAAGAGAAUUCUGACUGUUUCCAGUCGAUUUUCGAAAGUUGCAGCA